UGGAGUUCGCAGCCGUGGCCGCGCCCUCCAACUCUCCCAGCCAGUCGCCAGGCGGGAGCCGGACGGAGCGGACGGCAAGGGCUGCGAACUGUACGCCAAGGUUCUGGUAAUCGGUCUCCCACAAGAACAGAAAUAUGUUUCAUUUAAGGACUUGUGCUUCUAAGCUUAGGCCUUUAACGGCCUCUCAGACUAUACGAGCGCUGUCACAGAGUAAGCCUGUGACCCCAAGGACGUUUCAACAAAUCAGGUGUCUUAGCACACCUGUGGCCGCAGAGCCUUUUCUCAGUGGGACUAGUUCUAACUAUGUAGAGGAAAUGUACUAUGCAUGGCUGGAGAACCCCAAGAGUGUACAUAAGUCUUGGGACAUCUUCUUCCGAAAUGCCAAUGCCGGUGCUGCACCUGGAACCGCUUAUCAGAGCCCCCCACCACUUGGUACCAGCCUGUCUGCACUGACCCAAGCACAGUCAUUAGUUAAGGGUCAGCCAAAUAUCGAGAAGCUAGUGGAAGAUCAUCUGGCUGUGCAAUCCCUCAUCCGUGCUUACCAGAUCCGUGGGCACCAUGUUGCCCAGCUUGACCCACUUGGCAUUCUGGAUGCAGAUCUGGACUCCUGUGUGCCAGCUGAUAUUAUCACGUCCUCAGACAAACUCGACCUACCAGCAUUCCUGGAUCGGCUUCGAGUGCUCACUGUGGGAGGGUUUUAUGGGCUGGAGGAAUCGGACCUAGACAAAGUCUUCCAUCUACCAACCACUACUUUCAUUGGAGGCAAUGAGACGGCACUGCCCCUCCGAGAAAUCAUCAAGAGGCUGGAGACUUCCUAUUGUCAGCACAUAGGAGUAGAGUUCAUGUUUAUCAAUGAUUUGGAACAAUGUCAAUGGAUCCGUGAAAAGUUUGAGACCCCAGGAAUCAUGCAGUUCACCAGUGAGGAGAAACGUACAAUGCUAGCCAGGCUGGUUAGAUCUACUAGAUUUGAAGAGUUCCUUCAUCGUAAGUGGUCUUCUGAGAAACGUUUUGGAUUGGAGGGUUGCGAAGUGCUGAUUCCUGCUUUGAAGACCAUCAUCGAUAAGUCCAGUCUGAAUGGCGUUGAAUAUGUCAUCAUGGGAAUGCCACACAGAGGUCGUCUUAAUGUAUUGGCCAAUGUGAUCAGGAAGGAGCUGGAACAGAUUUUCUGUCAGUUUGACUCCAAACUUGAAGCCGCAGAUGAGGGUUCUGGAGAUGUGAAGUACCACUUGGGAAUGUACCACAGGCGGAUAAACAGAGUAACUGACCGAAACAUCACAAUGUCUUUGGUAGCUAAUCCUUCCCAUCUUGAAGCAGCAGACCCUGUUGUCCAGGGCAAAACCAAAGCUGAGCAGUUCUACUGUGGAGACACAGAGGGGAAAAAGGUUAUGUCUCUACUGAUACAUGGUGAUGCUGCUUUUGCAGGACAAGGAAUUGUAUAUGAGACCUUCCACUUGAGUGACCUUCCAUCUCACACAACACAUGGCACUGUUCAUGUGGUAGUCAACAACCAGAUUGGUUUCACAACUGAUCCUCGAAUGGCACGCUCCUCUCCAUACCCUACCGAUGUUGCUAGGGUGGUCAAUGCUCCUAUUUUCCAUGUCAACGCAGAUGAUCCAGAGGCUGUUGUGUAUGUGUGUAACGUGGCUGCAGAGUGGAGGGCUACCUUUCACAAGGAUGUGGUUGUGGACUUGGUCUGCUACCGCAGGAAUGGACACAAUGAGAUGGAUGAGCCUAUGUUUACACAGCCACUGAUGUACAAGCAGAUCCGAAAACAGAAAACUGUACUGCAAAAAUAUGCAGAGACUCUGAUAUCGCAAGGCGUAGUCAACCAGCUGGAGUAUGAGGAGGAGAUUGCAAAAUAUGACAAAAUCUGUGAGGAGGCCUUAAACCGUUCCAAAGAUGAAAAGAUCCUUCAUAUCAAGCACUGGCUGGAUUCCCCAUGGCCUGGUUUCUUCACUCUGGAUGGUCAACCACGCAGCAUGUCCUGUCCCUCCACUGGUCUCAAUGAGGAGGAUCUCUCACACAUUGGAAACUUGGCUAGCUCAGUCCCUGUAGAGGACUUUACUAUUCAUGGAGGUCUGAGCCGCGUUUUGAAGGGUCGAGGAGAGAUGGUGAAGAACCGAACUGUUGACUGGGCUUUGGCUGAGUAUAUGGCAUUUGGGUCACUCUUGAAAGAGGGCAUUCAUAUCCGCCUCAGUGGGCAAGAUGUAGAGAGAGGCACUUUUAGCCACCGUCAUCAUGUUUUACAUGACCAAAAUGUAGACAAGAGAACGUGUAUUCCCAUGAACUAUCUGUGGCCUAACCAAGCUCCAUAUACAGUAUGCAACAGCUCGCUGUCUGAGUAUGGAGUGCUAGGAUUUGAGCUUGGCUUCGCUACAGCCAGCCCCAAUGCACUGGUACUUUGGGAAGCCCAAUUUGGAGACUUCCAUAACACUGCUCAGUGUAUCAUCGAUCAGUUCAUCUGCCCAGGACAGGCCAAGUGGGUACGACAGAAUGGAAUUGUAUUGCUGCUACCACAUGGCAUGGAGGGCAUGGGUCCAGAACAUUCCUCUGCUAGACCUGAACGAUUCCUUCAGAUGUGCAAUGAUGAUCCGGAUGUGUGGCCUAAAAGUUCUGACGACCUUGCUGUCCGCCAGCUUUAUGACUGCAACUGGAUUGUUGUGAAUUGCUCCACUCCUGCCAAUUUCUUCCACGUUCUCCGCAGACAGAUCUUAUUACCUUUCCGUAAACCGCUGAUUGUCUUCACUCCAAAGUCUCUUCUUCGUCACCCUGAAGCAAGGUCAAGUUUUGAUGAAAUGCUGCCAGGCACUCACUUUGAAAGAAUAAUCCCAGAUGCCGGACCUGCCUCUGAAAACCCCACUGGGGUGAAACGUGUGGUCUUCUGCACAGGCAAAGUAUAUUAUGAUCUGACCAAAGAGCGCAGCACCAGAGGAAUGGAGUCUGAAGUGGCUAUUACACGUGUGGAGCAGCUGUCUCCAUUCCCUUUCGACCUUGUGGAGAAAGAAGUGAACAAGUAUCCUAAUGCAGAGAUUGCCUGGUGUCAGGAGGAACACAAGAAUCAGGGUUAUUAUGACUAUGUAAAGCCAAGAUUACGUACCACAAUACACCGCACUAAACCUGUCUGGUACGCUGGACGAGAACCUGCAGCUGCUCCCGCCACUGGCAACAAGAAAACCCACACCACAGAACUGAAGAGAUUCCUGGACACUGCAUUCAAUCUGGAUGCUUUCAAGGGCCUCCACUGAAGUGGCAGCUGCUUGUUCCCUUCUUCUGCACUCCCCACCUUCCUUCAUCCACACUCGCAGGGGACAUCCCUUUCUACUCCGUGGUUUUGCUUUAUGAGGCCGGAAAAGGUGUUACUGCAGAACUCACAUAAAGCGGCUUAUUGCUGCUGUAACCUCGCCAACCAUUAAACAUUUUAUGUUAAUGGGGCUAAACAUUAGCAGUUUUGUUUUUAGUUCAUACAAUUCAGAGAACAGUAGAUAAUACAUACAUAUCUCUGUGCUGGGGUCUUCAGGUUUUUAUUUCAUGAGACUCAUGAAACCAUGUGAUUGUUAUCCAUAUCUUUUCAUUAGUGGCUGGACCUGACAUACUCAAGGAAAGCUUGCCACAAUGUGCUGUAGAAAAGGGUCUUUGUAAACAGAAGCUUUUGGCUAUGGCUGUUGAUUGUGAGGUUAUAUCCUUUUUAAAUGUAAAUUUUAUACAUGUAAA